AUGAGUUACGACUCGGCAUGGGCAAACUCCCGCAAUGGGUGGACGUCCGUACUUCGUCGUCCAGACGCAAUGUGGAUUCCACCAAAACCUACAGUCGACAGUGAGGACGAAUCGAAUGAAGACCACGAAAGGAGUGAGAGCGACGAAGACGAUGAUGAAUAUGAGGAUGACGACGAGGACGAGGAUGACGACGACGACAAGGACAAGGAGAAGACGGAGAGUCCUCAAGAAAAACCCACAGAUUUUGAAGAACCAUUUCCACCACCACCGUCACAGUAUCCGCCGGGGGUACGCUCCUGGAGAAUGAACGCCGAACUCUCCGUACCGUGGCCUGAUAUAAACAUGGCAGAGGUAGAAGAGUACGCCGAGGACCCAGAAGAUGAAGAGGACGAGGAAGACGAGGUUGAAUCUGCACAUGAAUCGGAGGAUAAAGACGAGGUCCAAUCUGGGGAUGAAUCUGAGAGCCUAUCUGAAGGGGUGUCGGUCAAGAAUGAGCCCGAAAGCGACGACGAUACCGAAGACGGGAAAGGUACAGUUGAUGGUCGCCCUCAAAAUGAGCUUCAAAACGCGGUUAAUUCACCGAUCGAUGGGAAGACGUCAGAGACCGCAAAUAGGCCCAAGAGGAGAAGGGAUACUACCGUAAUGGUAGUGCAAGGAGAUGACAUUGCGAACAACCAUAAAGCGCUACUUGGUUUAAGUCUGCCUCGGACUACUAUUAGUGGCACAUCGGACGGCUCUAAAGAGAAAGAGAGGCCGGCUAGGAGUCUUGUAAAUGAAGCUGCAUUUGGCAAAGUUCCAUUCCCUCCUCCACCGUCUCAAUAUCCCCCAGGCGUCCGCUCCUGGCGAAUGAACGCAGGUCCCUAUGUCGUACUGCCUAAGGACCAGGAUUGGGCCAGACCAGAGAGGGUUGCUGCACGUUGCAAUGAUCGCGCCUUGUAUAAGCGGAGUGUGAGGGCUCGGAUCAAUUCAGAACUCGAUAGUAGGAAAGCUGAACCCGUCCUUCAAGUUGGAGGGGGUAUCCAGCAAUCGUCCGCCCCAACCUGUACUGAAAGUCACGACAAUCCCGGUAUUUCUCCCGUUGGAGCAGCUCCGGUUCCAGACAAGGCUCAAGGAUCGUUGUUGCCUCCUGUUGCUAAGGAAAAAGAAGGCUCUGCUGGGGAUGUUUCUCCGCAUGAUUUAUCUGUCAACGUUCCCGUUAUUGAUCGUCCAGAUGAAAUCAAGUCCAAGAAUGCGAGGUUUCUUCGUUUGUACUUCAGGUUGAGUAAUCAUCUUGAUGCGAAAGAUCAUCUUCACAGGAAAAUUACCAUCAAUGAAGGCUACGCAACUCAACCUCGUCUUGCUGAACACGGCUCAGAGACCGGUUAUUUUGAAUUUCAUAAACGCAAUAUCGUGCACCCUGCGGUUGAACUGAGAGGGCCAUGUGCUAGUACUAGAUAUAACGGCCUGCGUAACGAAGCUCUGCUGUCGGAAGUGGAGGAAAAUAUACCUUUGUGGGCAUCGCGGCGGCCUCUACCGGUCUUCGACGACCAAAACAAUAUCACGCCCCGGGCGAGAGAGAAACGCAAAGUUGAAACUAUGGAUGAUGGCCAUGAAAAUACCGAAGGCGAACCUGCAACGAAAAGGACCGCGACGGUCGCCACAGUUAGCGCUCCCGGAAACCCGUUCCACAGUGCAAUCAUUAUCGAUGAGGAUACCGAUGAUCAUGUCGCACCAAUCAGGGCAGCUCAAACUAGUUCCAACCCUGUGGCUCAACAGACUCAGGACGUCUCAACUCUUGUUACUCCACCUCCUCCGCCGAGGGUAGUUAGUCCCAGAAUACACAGCCUUGAGCAAAAACGCAAGUUCAGAGCAAUGUUCAGGCGCAUAGUCGUCAAUAACAGGGCUAGAAGCAACUGGCUCCCCGCCGCACCGGCAUCAUCUGGAUACGUUCUUGUGGACCCUGGUGCAUAUGCCGUAGAACCUUCCCAGGGGAAUACCGCCUCCAUCGAGUCUAUUGAGCUGGAUUAA